AUGAACACAGUUACGUAUGGAACCGCUAGCGCUCCAUAUCUGGCCAUGCGUUGCCUAAAGGAGAUAGCUAGCAAAGCCGCCGAAAAAUUAGCUACUAAACAACAAGAAAAAACAUCAAUUACGCAGGUUGAAGACUUAAAUGCGGAGGGAGGAGAGAAGGAUCUCUCUUCAGCAAUAGAGGUCCUGGAACGAGACUUCUACAUGGACGACGUAUUGACAGGGACAAAUAGUCUCGCGGAAGCAAUUCAACUGCAGAAACAGCUAACGGAACUUCUGGUGCAAGGGCAGUUCGCAUUGCGAAAAUGGAGAUCAAACGAUGCCAAAGUGCUUAAACAUUUAAAUGACGAAUGUAAGACUGAUAAUUGCCUUAUCAUCAAUGAAGAAGAGACUCAAAAAACGCUAGGCGUAUUGUGGAAUGCUAAGGAAGAUACACUACACUAUCAGUUUACAGUAUUAGACAAAGAAAGAAUAACUAAACGUGGCGUACUAUCUAAAAUAGCACAAGUGUAUGAUCCUUUAGGGCUAAUAGGACCAGUUCUCAUAAAUUACAAGAUAUUUAUGCAGAGAUUAUGGGAACAAAAAUUGGAUUGGGACGACCCUUUGCCAUCAUCGUUGGAAAUUAGUUGGAAGAGGCAGUUUGAUUCACUUCAUGAAAUCAACGAAGUUGCCGUUCAACGAAAUAUAAAUCCGGACAACGAAACAGGAUUAAUGGAUAUCUAUGGAUUCGGGGAUGCAUCAGAAAAGGCGUGUGUGUGCUUAUAUGCUAUCAGUUGCAAUAAGCAAGGAAAAAAGACUACUCGUUUGAUUUGUGCGAAAACAAGAGUAGCCCCACUGAAGGUCUUAUCACUGCCAAGAUUGGAGCUGUGUGCUGCCCUAUUAUUGGUAGAGUUGUUGAAGGUAAUCGAGGAAGCCUGUAAAAAAAGCAUCGCUCGAGUCUAUCUUUGGAGUGACUCAACAGUAGUGUUAGAGUGGAUCAAAAUGUCAUCUAAUCAAUUAAAGGCGUUUGUAGCCAACCGAGUGGCAAGAAUCCAAGAAUUGUCAUCCGAAGCUUAUUGGAAGCAUGUCCCAUCGGAGGAUAAUCCAGCAGAUCUCCUGUCGAGGGGUAUCACGGUAGAGCAGCUAAGGAAGAGCAAACUAUGGUGGGAAGGUCCCGAAUGGAUCACGUCAGAACAGCAUUGGCCUCAGCAACCAAAUGUAGCUAUGGAGGAGGCAUCGGAAAGAGUUACAGUAGCAAUGUCGGCAUCGAUUGCCCCCCCGGAAGUCUUAACCAAACAGUCUUCUUAUUCCAAGUUACGACGUGUAAUCGCCUUUUGUCAAAGGUUUAUAAUCAACCUGCGAGGGGCUAAGAAAGAUGGUCCACUGUCAUUGGAGGAGCUAGAGGAAGCAGAAACCGCUAUCUUGCAAAUCAUUCAGCGAGAUGCCUUCGCGGAAGAAAUCAAGGCACUACCAAGUAAGAGAGCAGCGGCCAGUAAGCAAGGCAAGUAA